AAGCGAUGCUGGGCCCUCUCGCGCUGCACUGUCUCUCCGACGCAAGACUCUCCUGGCCCGGAUAUGGCUCGUGGACAGCAGAAAAUUCAGUCUCAGCAGAAAAAUGCCAAAAAGCAAGCUGGGCAAAAGAAGAAACAAGGACAUGACCAAAAGGCUGCUGCCAAAGCUGCCUUAAUAUAUACCUGCACUGUCUGUAGGACACGAAUGCCAGACCCUAAAACCUUCAAGCAGCACUUUGAGAGCAAGCAUCCUAAGACUCCACUUCCUCCAGAAUUAGCUGAUGUUCAGGCAUAAGGUUGUUUACAGGUGAAUUCACGACACCUUUGACUCUUCUACUGUCUCAGACCUUAGGUAACAUACCUGCAGCUGCUUUUCUAACAAACUGUUGAUCAGCAAAAAUAAAGGGGCUACAGAAACACUCAUUUUUUAUGCUCUUCCCUUUUGGGCUUCAUGCAAAGACAAUUCUGUGUAAAUGUACAGUUGACUCUGAUUUGGAAAUAUGAAAAUCAGUCCAUCCUUGUUAUAAAAAAUUUUUUUACAAUUGUAAUUAUAUUGAUGUUCAUAUUGUGUAAAAUAACUCAUUUAAUAAAAUAGUACUUUGAUUUACGAAAAAAAAAAA